ACUUUCUUCCCACUGUUGUUACACUCAAACCUGUCCCCGAUAUGGGAGGAAUAGUUGACAGCGCACGUCGGAGCCUUUACGCAACACAGCUACAAUGUAUGGACUUUUAAUUUCAAAACUCAUUUAAAAGAGUUGACAAGCCGGUGCAGCAACAACAUAUUACAUUAAACUAACCAUUGAUGGUGUCCUUUGAUAAACAUUGUUCUUGUCAAGCUUAACGUUACGGACAUCAACAAUCUUGCGCGAGCCUAGUAGCUGUAAAGCUAGCUAUCUAACGUUAGUCAGUUAACGUUAGCUUCUCCCCGGCUAUUUUUAGUGCAAUUAAGCAGCUAUUUCCAGACCAAGGCGUCACCCUCUUACGACCUGUAAAGCCAUUAUUGUUUCCCAUGAUCUCGUUAAGUUAGCUAAUCAUUUGUACAAAAUGUCAACGACAUCGUUGGAUAAGGAAUUGCAAGAGCGCUUGAGAGAGGCGUCUGCGAUUGGAGACAUCGACGAGGUGCGGAUUUUAGUGGAAAGCGGAGUAAAUGUCAACUCUCAAAACGAAAUAAACGGAUGGACAUGUUUGCAUUGGGCAUGCAAGAGAAACCACAAACCGGUUGUGUCGUACCUGCUGAACUCUGGCGCUGACCAAGAGAUCCUCACUGCUAAAGAUGAGCUGGCUGUCCAGCUGACCUCUAAGCCUGAAAUCAGAAGACUGUUAGGAGUUGAGGAGGAGGAAGUGCCUGAAAUCAAGGAGCUUGAGUUGCCAAUCAUCCCAAACUACCUGUCCAACCCCCCAUUCAUGUACAGUAAGAUGGACAACAAGGCUGAGCUCAUAUUGGCACAGUUGACCCAAAAUGGCAAUGGAGACCACUCAUCAGAUGACCCACACAGUGACUCAGCUUCCCUGUCGCCCACCCACGAGCAACAGCUGCCUCAGCAACCGCAGAGCCUACUUUCUGACACCCCGAGCCCGAGGGAGGGGGCCUUCAUCCCAUUGGCGCAGCAGAACGGAGUGUCGCCUAGCCCCGCCUCGUCUCUCACCAUCAGCGGAGGCCUGCCUAUGGACAUCUCUAUGGAGCCCCACCUGGUCAACCAUGGGGAGUACCCACACUCGGUGGCCCAUAAUGGGGCUGUGUGCUCUCCUCCCCUGCCCUCCCCCAGCCCCAGCACCACCAGCAGUAGCAGCCAAGCCCAGGUGGCUAACGCUAACCCAUCUAUGACCCGGCAGCAGUCCCUCCCUCAGCAGCUCAACUGUGGCCAGGGUGCUGGGGGUAACAUGCCUGCCUUCCAGCCUUUCUUCUUUACCAGUACAUUCCCUGUCAAUGUGCAAGAGCUGGUCCUAAAGGUGCGCAUCCAGAACCCCAACGCGCGGGAGAACGACUUCAUCGAGGUGGAGCUGGACAGACAGGAGCUGACCUACCGCUCACUGCUCCGGGUGUGCUGUCGCGAGCUGGACAUCAGCACCGAACACGUGGAGAAGAUCCGCAAGCUGCCCAACACCAUGCUACGAAAGGACAAAGACGUGGCUCGGCUGCAGGACUUCCAGGAGUUAGAGGUGGUGCUGGAGAAGGCUGAGGGCCUGGCACUCCUCUCUGGGGCGGGAGGCCUCACCGACAGACCCUGCUACAACAUGAAGGCCUCCAGACUCACCUACUAGAGACCAACAGGAUUGACAGACACACAGACAGACCCUGCUACAACAUGAAGGCCUCCAGACUCACCUACUAGAGACCAACAGGAUGGACAGACACACAGACAGACAGACCCUGCUACAACAUGAAGACCUCCAGACUCACCUACUAGAGACCAACAGGACGGACAGACACACAGACAGACCCUGCUACAACAUGAAGGCCUCCAGACUCACCUACUAGAGACCAACAGGACAGACAGACAGACCCUGAUGUCCAUGUGGACCCUACUAUCUCUCUAUUGACCGUAAUAGCCACUCGUUAUUAGUCAAUUUCAUUGCAUUAUGAUCCGGUGUCGUUCAGCCAGCGUUAUUGGGGGUUUGUUUAAACAUCCUGUUGUGUUAGCUAGGUAACGUGGUCGCCCUGCCUGUCCUUGCCUUGCUCCCUGCCAGUCUGUCCCCAUGCAGCGCUCGCUAACCGAUUGCUCAUGCAUCAUGUCCUCAGUUAUAUACUGAAGAAUUUGGGCCUCCUUCCCUCUUCUCUUCCCUCUGUCCCUCACUCUCUCCUCCCUCUCUAGUUUGUGUUGUCGGGCUACAGUGGAACAUUGGCGUUGAGGGACAGUGACAGUCUUCCUAGAUGGCUUAACUUAUGUACUGUACAUGGAUCCCUUUGUACUGGGCAUUAGUCAUACAUGUACUGGGGACUUGUCUCCUGGAUGAUGAGGGGGUUGAGAAGAGUAGAGGCCAUUUAAACAGCUCUUCUGAUAUACAGCCAUGGCUCUUAUUAGUCCAACAUGGGCGGCUUAGUACAAUGUUGCGACACAGCUGACUUGCACACAGCAACAUGCAGUACUGCCGCUUGCUUAGUGGGCAUAGCAGGUGGCUGCCGACGUUCCAACUGGCAUUCACACCCAUGCUGCAGACUGCACACACACACACUCAGUCAUACUCCCACACUUCAGUGAUAUUUCCAGUUUUUCCUUCAGUGGUUGCCCAUGUUAUCACACUACCCUGUUUAUUUGUUCUUAGGUGGAUGCCUGAUGGAGCUAUUAACAGAGAUGUUGCUUUGUGCUGCUGAGGUUUGAUCAUCUAAGAGGGAGUGGGUGUGAGUGUUGUCUCUUGCCAAUUGAGAAGUUUUUGUUAGUGUCGUAGAACUGUUUAUGUGCUUAGGAAGCAAACAGAUGCUUCAAGUUUCAUCCGUAUUGUUAAGACAGUGUGUCUGUUUCUUAAAGAACUCUCUUUGUCAGUUGGAAGAUAACAGCCUUCUAACAGAUGCUAUGGUUAGCUAGCUCCACAGACACCGUCUGGAUUUCAAUCAAACACCCAAUGUGGAACAAUUCUUCAUUGCUCCUGCUCUAUGAAUUUAGUUUUAUUCUACAAUGUUUACUUGCUGAAACAAAAGUCAUUUAGAUGAACAUGUAUUGGGUGCAGGGGCAAUAUUUAAAUGUUCUACAGUUUGGUUGAAUGUUUGUGUGUGAGGGGUUCUUUUCAAUGUAAUAGUUAUUGGGUCUAAUAUUCAACUGACACUUUCAGCUGUGAAUGAAUUGAAUGGUAGACCGUUCCUAUAGAGUUCAGGUAUUAUUGAUUGAAGCAGAAUCCGCUAGGUUCACUUUAGGGGAAGUAUAUUCCCAGCUCAAGUAGGGGUUCCCCUAAAAUGAGCAUUUUAAACUGUUUCUGGAUCGCUUCGCUUAAGAUACUUCCAUUUACUGUGAUUAGAUCAAAACCAAAUACAAACCUAGCCAGAAAAAUAGUCUGGUUCUCCCCAAUAGAUUAUCUAUCAUAAAUGUCCUAUUUUUGAAUUGCUGUAUGAAAUGUUUAGAGUUUUUUCGGAGUGAACUGAAUGACGUGGGCAAAGGACAGUUUGAAAGGAUUGUUUCUGUUUCAUAAGUUUGACACGGCUGUUAUGUUUGAGUGCUUCCAUAACACGUUUCCCAGCAAUUCUCCCCGUUGCUUCUUAUCAUACAGUGCAUUUGUCAUAAUACUCAAGUUCACACUGCUCUGUGAGAACCUUUUAAACACAUAACCUACAUUAACAUGUAAGCUAGCUAGAGAUCAAAUGUUAGCUCUUGAGGGGUCCCCGAGUUUAACCUACUGACAUUUGACUUUUGUCAAGUUGUGGUGUUUGCUACUUCUUUGUUUGAGUAUAAAUGACGAUUCAUACACAAGAACACAACCGUUAGUAUUGAAGCUGAAUGAGAGUGCAUUGAUUGAAAAGAUUACUGCUUAAAAUGCUUUAUGACAAACACAUUUGCUCAUAGAGGAAGACUAAGACCCUAACAUGUCCUGGCAGUCCUUUAUGCUGGUUAACAUUCAGUUCAAUGGUACAGUCAGUGGCCCACUAAGUUUAUAAACAAUCAACAGUCAGUUACUAACAUAGCCGUUAAUUGUUUACCGUUCAAAUGUAUACCUUAAGCUCUGGCUGUCUUAGUAUGUUUAAUGAUUAUAUAUUUUUAUUAAUUUGUAAUUCCCUUUUUUAACGAGAAAUGUCUUUAGUUUGUAUCGAUGCCUACAAGUGUGGAACGUGUUUAUCAAUGGGGUUGAAGGGGAAGGUAGGUUGCAGCUAGGAUGAAACCAAGUGUAAAGCCACAGUAUCUACUGUGCUGAAUGGGUUGAGUGUAAAUGUUGAAGAAAUACAAGACUAACUUGAACAUGUCAAAUGGACUCUCCAGAGAAUUUUGUAUUCUUAACUUGUGCCACGAGAACGAGAGGUACCUGGUUGAAGAAGCUGAAUGAUGAUGUUUGAAAUGCCUACGGCCAUUUUCUGCCCAGUGAAGGAGCACCAGUGUUCUAGAAUGUUCCAGAAUGAAUACUAGUUCUGUGAAAUGGAUGACUAACAGUGUACUGAUUGAUUGCUCAUGUUCUAGAGGAAGAAUACAGUAACUUUACCUAUGCAUUCAGAGUCUGAUAUUUUUAUAUGUCCUGUGUACCUUUGAUAAAUUCCUUAUAGGCACUGUUUAACUUGUGUUUGAUUGUGGAGACCUGUACCUGUUCUUUGAUAAAGCAUGGUGGGUAACUUGA